CUCCGGUCAAAGUGUGAGCUGAGGCUUCACGCGCCAGCCUCACUGAGUCGCGUCACGUCCCCAGUCUGACCCCAGCAGUACUACGCGGACCGCUGAAGCGCGAACCUUGCUGGGAAGCUCUGCAAAGAUACCAGAGAAACCAGCAAGGCUGAGGCCAAGUGCAACGACUAGCUUCUUGUCGUCAAUAGAGCGAGUCCUGAAGGCAGAGCGCCAGCCAUGAAAAAGAUUUUUUAUUUGGCGACCCUCGUUGUCCUGCUUGGACACGGAGGAUCUGCUCUAGCCGCAGAGUUUUCUGCUGCAGAGUCUGAGGCCGCCCGAGAUGGCCUGCUGGAGGCGCUGGGUGCCGCCGUGACGAGCGGCGCCUCGCGGCUGGACGAGCUGGACCUACCGCCGUCCAUCUCCGAGUCUGUGCGGCGCGUGGCCUUCGUGCGCGUCGACACCAUCAAGGAGGCCAAGAACAUCAAGCUGGCGCGCAUGGGCACCCUGCACCGCAGCGGCACCAUCGGCGCCGACCCCAUCGCCGCCGGAAAAGCUGUGACCUUUACCCUGCCUCUCGAGAUGGACAAGCCCUUCCUCACCGGGGACUUAGUGCGCAAGGUAAACGACGUAGGUCCCACGGGGCACUUUAACACGACCAUCGGCGUAUACCGACUGGAGGCAGAGGGUUCGGCCACAGUGGACCGCGAUGCCUGCUCCUUCAAUUUCACCAGCAUCAAGGACAUCGAACUGAGCGAGGUAGACACCGUGACUGAGGGCGCCUCGCUGCUCAACAGUCUGCUCUCCAAGGAAAUGUCAGACGCCGUGCGCGGCGGCUCGCUACCGCUGCGAGAGCCCGUGUCCAGAGCCAUCCUGGAGGCACUCCAAGCCUCCGACAAGAACUGCCUCCCGAACGUGCGGGACAAGCUGGCCAAGGUGCCGGCCCCCGCCCCUCCACCCGCCUGAGACGUUUUGAAGAAGUGCUAUCACAACAAAACGUGCCAUUAUACCGCACGGUAAAAUUAAUGUCUGAUUUUUUGAGGAGAAAGGGAAAACUUUGAGAAACUCCCUUAAUUUGGGGAAAACUCCUCAGAUUUUAAGGGAGUCUCCUCAAAAAAUUAGGGAAUUUACCACAUUUUUUGAGGAGACUCCCUCAAAGUUUUCCCUUUCUCCUCAAAAAAAUCAGACACUGUUUUUACCGUGCGCAUAAUACCAUAAUACUCCGUGCUGAGGUGAGUUGGAGACCCCUCGAUUUUUUCUCAUCUGGAUUUUUGACUAUAAACAAUGCAUUUUCCUGUUCUAAACUAAGCAAUAACUUUGAAAA